AUGUCCACUAACGUUGCUCCAGAAAUUGAUGCUGCUUGGGAAUCCUUGAAGACUGAAUCCAUUAAAUGGUUCACUUUCGUCCCAGAAAAGACUGGUUUGAUCAUGGAUGCCACUGGUACUGGUGAUUGGGAUGAAUUCUUGGGUUCAUUCGGUCCAUCUGAUGUCAAGUUUGGUAUUUAUCGUGCUGUUGCUGUUGAUGAUGAUUCUAGAAGAACUAAAUUCGUUUUAGAUAUAAAUCAAAAGGCAGAGGCUUGGCCAACAUAUACAUCAGAGGAAUUAUUACAACAUUUAAAGGAGAUGAGAAAUAGAGUGAUAAAUCAAGCCUCUUACCGAAAGGAGCCAUGUAAAACACUUGUACAAAAUUUAAUUGAAAUGUAUAAAACAGUAUCAAAUGGAAAGGAGUGGAGUUUUGGCUGUACUGAAGAUGAUACUUUUAAAAUUGAAUCAAGUGAUGAUGAAAUGAUUGUAAAUUACAAAAUAUGUAUGAUGGCUGCCGAGGCACUUCCGAAUGCUUUCCUAUUUGAAGAAAAUAACCAGAACACAGCAAGAGGAUUUUUAAAGCAUAUCUAUUGUUUGGAUUCCACAUUCGGAACAAACAUGUUAAAUUUCUUGAAUGUGGCAAUAGGUCAGACUGAACAGCCAAUAACACUUUAUACCACACAAUCAAUGAAAAUACCUGAUUGGAAGAUUUCACUCUUUGUGGCAACCAUCAAGAUUGCAGAAGCAGGUGUACCAAGUUUACAGGUCAAAUAUUUCUUAAAACAUUUCAAGUCUCUAAUAGUUACCUAUUAUAAUGCAUCUAACUGGGAAGGUAGUUAUAUUGAUAUGAAUGACAUGGAUUGCAUAUUAUUAGAUUUAAUUUACAAGUCAAAAGAUGAGGAUCAAAGAUCAAUGUGUAUAACAAGAUUAGGAAAGACUGCUUAUCAACAUAUAGACAAUCCAAAAAUACCUUCAAUUCGUGAGGCUUAUAAAUCAGCCAAAGAUUUACAUCCCUUCUUUACUCUCUAUCAGGAAGUUUCAUAUGAUAUCAAUGUUAUAGAAAAAGAAAGCAUCAAAAUAUUUCCAAAAGAGGAAAAGUACAAGAGAGUUAGAAAGAUAAUUUCUAUAAUGGAAAUAAUUGAUCAAAGAGGUGAUAAUAAUAUUGUUGAAAGCAUUUCAAGCUUCUUAACGAGACUAUUGAAAUAUUCUGAUGAAGAAUUAGUAAUAGAUUGUUUGAGAGCUCUUUCAUCACCGAGUAAUAAUCAAAGAAAUUUUUCUAGAUGUAAGAAUGUUGUUCAAGCUAUAUUGCCAUUGCUAGAAAGGGAAUCUUUAAUAGUAAGAGAGGAGGCAUAUAAUUGUGGUGCCAAACACUUGACAUUUGAUUAUGCAUACGACUCUCAGAUAAUGCACAAGAUUUUGAAAGCCUUUUCUCUCAAUCCAAUACCAAAAGUUAAUUAUCUGAAAAUAUUCACAGCAGCAUUUAAGUAUUGUUGUACAGAAAGUAUUUUUUCAGAAAAAGCUCUCGAGGUUAUUCAAAAAGUAGCUGAAUGUAUGAAAGAGCAGGACUAUUUUUUACAGGUUGCCGACAGUAUUCAGGCCUUGCUGAACAUACCUGCUCUGCCCUCUGUUUUUAGUGAGACACUUGUACGUCCACUUGAUGAGAUUGUUCGUGGAGCAAUAGAUUCUAAAUCUUUGGAAGUAGUGGAUAUUGUUCAAAAAUUGGUUGAGUCCUUGUUGAACACAGAGCUUACUAAGUUGGUUUUCAAAAAUUUAGGAAAUAUUGUCCAUAGAAACAAUCUACCUGAAACAAAAGAAUGCGAGGAUCGAUUGAAUGAAAUAUCAAAGCAUUUUCAAAUUCCAGAAAUGUUGGGUUUUUUAGUUGAGAAUGAUAGAGAGUUAUCACCAAUUGUAGUGAGCUUCUUUUUUGAUGUCAAAUUUUUUAAGGGUGUUCGUAUUCAUCCUGAAAUAGGAAAUGAAGAAGUUAUUGUUAAAUCUCUUGCCAAAUCCAAAUCUAAAGACGCUCAUAUCACGUUGGGACAGCACAAUCUAGAUGUAAGACCAAAACAUUUGAAUGUUGAUGACAUUUUUGAUGCUAUAACAGAUUGCAUUUCAUUCAAUGAGUCGAGAAGCCUGUAUGUGACAUCCCUUUUGAAAAGGAUUACACAGCAAUUAGAAGUACAGGUUAACACAGACAGCAUGGAAGAAGACACAUCUGAUGAGGAUGAUGAUUAUAACUCUGAUGAUUCUGAUGAUCUUGAUAUGGGUUAUAUAUAUGGUAAUUACUAUGAUGAAGAUGAUGACGAUGAUGAUGAUUCUGAUGAUCACAUUUUUUAG